AAUUUGAAUUGUCAAACUUACAUUCUCAAAACAAGUGCAAUGCUGAACCAAUUGGGCAUAAGUACAACCGUCUCAUCUUUUUGCAAGGCCUCAAUAAUCCUGUCGGCAACAUCGUUCGGUUUAAGGGUGGGUAUGUACCUGGCAUUCACGUCGUUAAACAUUCCAGUGGACUGUAUGAAGAACGGGCAUAUUGCCGUAGUUUUUACGCCAAAAAUGCCUUGGGAUUCCAAUUCGACACGUAGGGCGUCAUCGAAACCGACCGCAGCGUAUUUUGUCGCGCAGUAAGUCACCAAUUUGUUGCUACCCACAAAACCGGCCAUAGAAGCAACUGUGACAAUGUGACCGUGGUUUUUUUCGAUCAUUUUUGGCAGGAAGGACUUGACUGUCUAAAAAAGUGGAUCAACGAAGAUAGUAGGUCAUCACACUCAGAUUUAAUUUCUCUUUUUACAUCGCACCGCUGAAAGGAAUGAAAAUACAAAACAUAAUGCAGAAUUCAACGCUCAUUCUCAUUCAAUAGGUGUACAGUCUAACAAGACUUGAGUGCAAAUAAGUUUUGUUAAAUAAUAGUAAACAAUGGAUAAUUAUUGGGAGGCAUUUAAGAAGGUUUCUUUUAGAUUUUACAGAUUAUUAACGCGUUUAGUUCUCCAUAUAAUUGACAGACUAAUAGAGUUAACAAUAUUAACCGCCCUGUCAGUCUACUACGUUGCAGAAACUGUCAUUUUGACGUUUACGCCGUCGUUUUUACGUAAAUUAAAUAGCGUGCGGGAUAAGGUUGUUUUAAUAACAGGGGGCGCUGGAGGGGUUGGACAAGAAUUGGCCAUACGAUUGGCCAGAAGCAAUGCCAAGGUCGUUGUUUGGGAUAUGAAUGAAAAGGCCAUGGAAAACCUAAAAGAAAAAAUCGAAUCCGAAGGCCACAAACUUUUCAUCUACAAAGUAGACGUAUCCGACAAGGAAGAUGUCUACAAAGCGGCAGAUUCCGUCAAAGCAGACUUAGGUCCCAUUGACAUUCUAAUAAACAACGCAGGAAUAGUUUGCGGGCAAAAUUUACUCGACCUGCCCGAUUAUAUGAUCGAAAAAACCUACAAGGUCAACGUUUUAUCGCACUACUGGACCGUCAAGGCCUUCUUACCAGAUAUGAUGAGACACAAGAAGGGGCAUAUUGUGACGAUGGGAAGUUUGACAGGAAUGCUGGGCACAUACAAAUGUACGGAUUAUAGUGCGUCAAAACAUGCCACCAUCGGAUUUCACGAAAGUUUAUGGGUCGAAUUGAAGACACAUGGUUUUGACGAUAUAAAAAUGACCUUAAUAUGCCCGUAUUUAAUAAAUACCGGGAUGUUUGAUGGGUGCAAACCAAAGAAUAUAAAUAUGUUGGAGCCAAAGGACGUAGCAAAACGUAUUAUUUUGGCCAUAAGAAGAGAGGAAGUUUUUGUGACCAUACCGGGAUUUUUAAGAUUUGUUUUGCCUCUUAAAAAUUUUAUUCCAGCAAAGUUGUGUUGGGCUGUGAUGUACAGGGUGAUAAAAGGACCUCAGUCAAUGAUGGGAAUGAGGAAUUUCAAGGAAGUAGAUGCUGCCUAAUUUUUUAACUUGUUGACUAUGAUGUGUUAAGAAUUGUUGUGUUGUUAGGUUUUUAGAAAUAAAUAAAACGAUUUUGUUUUGUACAAAAAUGAAUCAUAUUUAAAAUUUACUAAUUUAUAAUACAAUAUAUAAUUUAAAUAGUACUCUCUGGAAGUAUGAGGGAGUCGAAUACUUCUUUGAGCCUUCACAUAAAAUAUUAAUUAAUUAAACGUAAAAAAUAUGUUAAAUAAAAAAACUGCCUAUCAUUACAUAAAUAUAAAUUAUAGAGAAAAUUAUCGAUAAAAAAUGCUUUUAAUUAUUUGGCAAUUUAAAAUAAAACCAUAAUACUGCUUUUAACCUUAAUUAUUGCACCAUACAAACAAAGCGUGCUUUAAUUUGACAGCCGUCAAACGUAAUUUGACCGUUUUUAGGCAGUUGACAACCGUCAAAAAUGACACAACGGUCAAAUCUGUCAUUUUUGACAGUAUUAUGGUUGAAAUUAUGGGGGGUGAACUUUCGGAUAGUGAUCGUUAGUCGUCGUUUUCGAAAUUUACAUUAAAAAUUAAUCGGUCCUUACUCGAUCAGUUGUCUGAUUUGUUGUGGCGGCGCUGCAGGGCUGCCGCAAGGUCCUGCUUCAGGGCCUGCUGCUGACGACUCUCGUUCAACGGCUGCACCGACCUUAAACUGUUCACGAUGUCCUUAGUUUUGCUGAAGUAGAUUUCGUUUAGAGUGUUACGAAUUUUAUUUUCCAUGUCCUCGACCAUGCGCCCUAUAUUCGCGAUGUGUGGGUUGGACUCGCUCACUACGCUGUCUUGUUCCAUCUAGAAUUAAU